UUUUUCUUGUUUCUAUAUUUUUUUUUCCCUUCUCUUCUCUUCUCUUCCCUUUCCUAAUUGUCGCAGACAUCUUUCUUUCUUGUUUUCUGAAAGAGAGAGAAAUCGGCAAUUAUUACCCAUAAUAAGGCAAAAAAGAAAAAGGGUGGGGAGAGGAGACGGAGAGACAGAGAGAGAGGGGGGGGAUGGGGCGGCUGUUCCUGAUACAUCUGGAGGGGAAGAUCUACAGUUGCAAGCACUGCCAGACCCAUCUCGCCCUGUGGAACGACAUCAUCUCCAAGUCGUUCCAUUGCAGGCAUGGGAAGGCUUAUCUCUUCAAUAAGGUAGUGAAUGUGACGGUUGGACUGAAAGAGGAGCGCGCGAUGAUGACGGGAAUGCACACUGUAUCUGACAUAUUUUGUGUUGGUUGUGGAUCUAUUGUGGGAUGGAAAUAUGAGGCUGCCCAUGAAAAGAGCCAGAAGUACAAGGAAGGAAAAUUUAUCCUCGAGAGGUUUAAAGUUUCGGGCCCUGAUGGAAGUCACUACUGGAUGAGCCAUGAUCCUCAUGUAGGUGGGAGUGAUGCUGAUGACGCGUGAUCUGCUCAGAACUUAGACAAGGCAUCAAUUCACUUUAACUGUAAAUAAGUUCCCAUCAUUUACUGCUGAAGUGGAUUCUGAUAAUUGUUGCUUUUUGCACACAUUCUUGGCGGUUGAGUACAUAUCAUUCUAAAUAAUGUGGUUUUCUUGCUUUCUCAUGA